AUGCUCUUUUACCGUCUUCAUGUUGUUUUUCUGAUCGGUGUAAUACUUUUGGUUGGAACAAGUUUUAAUCAUGAAAUCAACUCACAAAAAAAUGUUGGUGCAUUUUGUGCAAAUGAUACAUCACAAGGUGACCCUAAUUUGAAUCCGAUUGAUGAUAAUCCACCAAAACUCAUACGUACAGUGGAAAAUGGAUCACUCUAUACGAUCGGUACUGGUGAAGAUCAAUUAUGGUUGGUACAUGUUUGGGGUGAGAGUGGAUACGAUUAUGGUUUUGCAUAUGGAACACUUUUAAAAGAGCAGAUCACACAGAUGCAACCUAUUGCUUGGGCUCAUUUUGAGAAAAUGAUUAUAGAUGAAUUAGACAAGUUAAAAUUACCAAAAUGGUUUGAAGAGAUUGUGGCCAACAAAGGUCUUGCUUUUGCAUUAGAUUUUCAAAAUGCAUUAGUUGAAGUGUAUAUUGAUAAAGAAAUUUAUCAAGAAAUGCAAGGCAUUGCUGAUGCAGCCAAUGUUGAUUUUCUUACAAUUCGACGUUUGCAUAUGUUGGGUGAAAUUACAAGAGGUCGAUGUUCACUCUAUGGCCUCUGGGGUAAUGCAACUUUUGGAAGUAAAACUCUCCAAUUACGUGCAUUAGAUUGGGAUACGCAAGGUGGUCUUCAAGACUUUCCAGUAGUUACUAUCUACCAUCCUCGUUCACCGAAGCUCGGCCAUGCCUUUGCCAACGUUGCCUGGGCAGGUAGACAACUGAUAUUUUACUGA